AUGAGCCUGACAUAUCGUGUAUAUGGUACCGUGAAUGAUUAUGUGUUGAGAUCCCUGAAAGUUAAUCCUAGAUUUGCCAGACGAGCAUUUGCCUCAGAAGUUAUUCAUUUGAUAUGCGCCUCAGGCGAUAUACAUGAUACUAUGUUCAUCCCGAGAUCCUUCUUGAGUGAGAUUUGCAGCCUCUGUUCCGCCGACCUCACUGGUACUGCGGGCCAGAGAGAGAAGGGGCACCAGUUUUGUGGGGAAUCUUGCCGCUGUGCCGGAGUGCUGGAGUCCUCCAGGAGGUGGCCGUGGUGGAGACAGGAGGCAGCGGAGAGGGACAAGAGAGGCAGUGGCAAGAGGAGGCAGCCUACACUCACCGCCGUGUCGUUUAGGGACUUGCUGGACGACAGCCCUGACGAGGCCACUGCUCUUCAUUGUGAUUCCGUCCCUGUCUCACAGGAGGGCGUCCCUACACCACACACUCUCCCUCCUGCCACCUCACAUGUAAUAUGCGAUUACCUCAAGUCAGAAGCUUAUACCGGGAAACAUUACAAUACACAAAAAGCUUCAGAAAGCGCGCAAAGAAGUGAUUGGAAUUUAUUGGACUUAAUCACCUUGAGUAGCACCCAGCAGCAAGUACAGCAUGAUAAACAUGAAGCUCCAUGUGCUGUGCCCAUAGAGAAGAGCAGACCAGUCUCUUCGUUUAGGAAGGACUCUAGCCUUGGGUUUCAGUACCCUUGGAAAAAACUUGCUUCUGUCAAUAAGCGACGGAUCAGCGUAAAUGACGUGGUCGCUACUCCACAAAGCUGCAAUAUUGACAUCGAGGACAAGUCUGCUAGUGCAUCCAGCCUGUCUCUCUUUCCCGAUAAACGAAAAUCACAUCACUGUAGCCUAAAGGUGUCAGACGGCCAGCACAAGCCCCGAGCUGCUCAACAGAACUUUUCACAAGCCACUAGCCACAAAGAUAACACAGUAGAUGUUAGAGUGCACAAAAGUGAUACAUCUUCAUGCGACUUGUCUCGCUCACUAUCACUGAGGAAGCAGAUCAAAAGAUCAUCUUCACCGUGUGAACUUGAUGAAAGCUCUGCUAGCUUGCCUCUAGCUUGGUCAAGCUCUCCCUCGCCGGCCUUCUCUGACAGGUGGAUCGCCGCCACAAUGGUCUAUUACGCCAACAUGCAGUAUUUGGCGCACUGCGGCACCACGCAUGGCGUCACACUGGAUGAGGGCGUUACCUACAUGGUAAGCGGGAAUACGCCCACGCUCGACGCUGAUGCUCAGGCCAACCUAGCCCACGCCACCCGUGUUUCCCCGGCCACGGUGAGUGUCCUACCAAUACCCACCCUCUCCAGGACCCGCGCCCACUCCUACGCCCGGAUCUAUGCCCGCUGCCUAGACCCAUACCUUGAACUUCGCCCUCACCAUCGCCCUCUGUCCCGUCUUAUACCUUAUUCCUACCCUGAUAAACACUCUCCAUCUGCCUUGAACAACACUCUCACCCUGCCCUGAUCCACGCUCAGCUUGCCCUGACCAACACUCCCUCUA